AUGCGUACUGAAGAUGAGAAACAGCUAGAAACCCAUGAAGUGUUAAUUUCUGUGUUUACACUUUCUAUAUACUUUCUAUAUACAUCUCUCUCACUCUCCCUCUAUCUAUCUAUCUAUCUAUCUAUCAUAUGGUGUCUAUUUGGGAUUCUUCUUGACCUUAAUUUUUUAUUAUUUUACUCUUCUUUUUUUUCCCAUCAUCCUGCUUCCUCUUUUUACUUACUUUUUUCAUCUGUGUUUUUAUCUUUCUUUCCUUCAAUAUCCUUUUUCCUUUUUUGUUCAAUUUCCUUUUCUUUUUUUCUUCUUUCUAUAUUUAUGUUCCUCUUCUUCUAUCCAUUCAUUUUUCAGCUGAUUAACAUUGUUUUUUUCUUUCUUUCUCUCCUUCUUAUCCCUUCUUUCUUCUUCUCUUCCUCUUUAGUACAUUUUAAAUCCCUUUGUUUUUUCUUUCUUUUUCUCGUUCUUAUCCCCUUCUCUCUUCAUCUCUUCCUCUUUAGUACUUUUUUAAUCCCUGCUUCCCUUUGUUUUUUUCUUUCUUCUAAAUUAUUCCUAAUUUCCUUCUUUCUUCAUCCACUUUCUAUUUUACCUUUUCUUCCUACUGCUUUUUUUGCACUCUGUUUGUUUCUUACUUCCUCAUUUUCUUUUCUAUCUUUUCUCUUCUUGUACUCCUUUAUUUUUCUUCUUUUUUCAUUCUUUUCUUUUCUCUCUUUAUUCAUGUUUCACUCUCUUCUCUUUUUUUACAAUUAUUUUCAAACUUCCUUUAUUCUCUUCCCUCAAUUCUUUUCUUUCCUCUUUUCCCCUCACAUCAUACUGAGAAUUUCCCCAAGAUGUGAUUCUCAUCAUCUAUUUCCACCUGCUCUCUACAUUCCACUCACCACCCAUUCACAUUGUUGUGCUAAUGACAAAAGUAACCAUAAAUUUUUAACACUUCUCUCCUGUUAUCUAAUUACCCAUGACAGUUUUACAACUUAG